UAAACUUUUAGAUAAUAUAAGUUUUAAAUUUCAAAAUGUGCGGAAUCUGGGCUCUGUUCGGUUAUGACGCGAAUGACGUCAGACAGUUCACUUGUGCGCAAACAAUCGCACAUAGAGGUCCCGAUAAUUUUCGGUUCGAGAACGUGAGUGGACUUCGAAGCGCUAAACUUGCUUUUCACCGAUUGGAAGUAGUUGGUGACGUAGGCGGAAUGCAGCCAAUGAGAUUACACCAGUACCCUCACUUAACUUUGAUAUGCAACGGAGAGAUUUACAAUUGUCAGAAGUUAAAGGAAGAAUUUGGGUUUAACCACGAGACACCCUCUGACUGUGAGGUCAUAUUACAUCUGUACAAUAAGUUCGGCCCAGAGGAGACGAGCAAAUACCUGGAUGGCGUGUUCGCUUACGUCAUCGUAAACACGCGCGACAACACCUUAUUACUGUCACGUGAUACAUAUGGAGUUCGGCCGAUGUUUUAUUUCAUGACAAACAAUGGAAUGAUGGGAGUCUGCUCGGAGGCUAAAGGUCUUUAUGACUUACUCAAGAAGAAAAACGGCGAGGAUAAAACAAAGCUGCUUCGCGUGUUUCCCCCGGCCCAUUCUAUGGUUUGUGACGUAAUAAAGAACGGGAAGAUCGCUCCAGCGACGCCGAAGAUGUUUCAUUCAUUCCCCGAGCUGCCACGCCACUUCAUGUACCAAGGGGUCGUUUUAGAGAAAGGCGAAAGUGAUGACGUCAUAAAGAAGAACAUUCGAACGUUGAUGAUAAAUGCUGUGGAAAAAAGGUUGAUGUCCAGCAGAAGGGUCGGAAGCUUAUUAUCAGGAGGAUUAGAUUCUUCAUUGGUUGCCGCCAUUACUGCGAAGAAACUUCGAGAAAAUGGAUCAAAACAACCGAUACAAACAUUUUCAAUUGGAAUGGAAACUAGCCCUGACAUCGUGGCAGCUAGAAAGGUUGCAGAGCAAAUUGAGAGCGAGCACCAUGAAGUGAUAUUCUCGCCAGAAGAAGGAUUAGAUGCGAUAGAAGAAACCAUAUACGCAUUGGAGAGUUAUGAUGUCACGACCGUGAGAGCUUCAAUCCCAAUGUACUUGUUAUCAAAGUACAUCAGUCAGAACACGGACACAAUCGUAAUCAUGUCGGGAGAGGGCGCUGACGAGCUCGCUCAAGGUUACAUCUACUUUUAUAAACAACCAACCCAAGAAGAAGGGGACGUCGAAAGCAGACGGCUAUUAUCUGAUCUCUAUCUUUUCGAUGUGUUACGUACCGAUCGCUCGACAGCCGCGCAUGGGCUGGAAGUUCGAGCACCAUUCUUGGACCACGCCCUAACGUCUUACUAUCUAUCGUUGCCGGCAGAAAAACGGGCCCCGAGUGAGGGAAACAUUGAGAAAUUCCUUCUUCGUUCCGCGUUCGAUGAAUCGGAUCUCAUACCAUCUGAAAUAUUAUGGAGACGCAAGGAAGCAUUCAGCGAUGGAGUUGCCUCGAAGCGAAGAUCUUGGUUUGAGAUUCUACAAGAACAUAUCGAGAGCAGGGUGAGUGACGAUGCUCUCGCAAAAGCAAAAGAAACACACCCAUUCCACACCCCUAAAACAAAAGAGGCGCUCUACUAUAGACAAAUCUUUGAAUCAAAGUUCGGCCCACAACUGUCGAAGCUGAUCCCAUACCAAUGGUUGCCUAAAUGGAUCGAAGCGGUAGAUCCAAGCGCUAGAGUUCUUACGCAUUAUCAAAAUGAUGAGGCGUAAACAUUGGAGUAUAUACAAUUUUAACGUGCGAUGUACAUAUGUUUUGUUUUCAUUUCCAGAAUAGCUUUGUUUAUAUUUUAUAGUUCUGUGGGGUAAGACGGGACACCUUUAGCGCAAAUGUCCAAAUAUCUUGAUCGUGUUUUAAACAAUUUACAACGGUAUAUGAGAGUCGUGAGGAUGCGGUUUUUAUAAAUUCUCUAUGUGCUUUGCUUACUACCAAAAAAUACAACGAAAAUGUGUCCCAUUUUCCCCACCCUACUAUAUAAUAAAAAGGUAUAAUUGGCGCUUUAAGCUUGAUUUGAAAGGUACUUUAAAUAAGUAAAACAUUUGUGCUAACAUUGUCGUUUAAUAAUUUUCGCCAAAGAUAAUAAAUAUACAAACAUAUA